AUGUCCACCUCGGACAGUACCAACUCCUCUCCUCCAACGGAGGACGAGAAGAGCUUUGCUAAGGACCCCAGUGAGACUAUCCAACAUCUUCCAGAGAGGGAUGAGAAGGCCAUCAUUCGCCGCAUUGAUCUUUGCCUUCUUCCAUUGAUGUUUUCUUCAUACUUGCUGCAAUAUCUCGACAAGACCACCUUGUCGUAUGCAUCGAUCCUGGGCCUUCUGAGUGGCACGCACAUGACCACAGCUCUUUACUCAUGGACCUCGAGUGCCUUUUAUUUCGGUAUCCUAGUCGCAUCCUACCCUGUAUCCCUGGGUUUUGUAAAAUUUCCGCUCGGCAAAUACCUUUCUACUAUGAUGAUUCUAUGGGCUAUCGUCUUGACAUGCCACGCAGCAGCUUCCAACUUUGCAGGGAUGACCGUCCUACGUGUACUUUUGGGAGUCUUUGAAAGCGCCAUAAGCCCCGGGUUCACCUUGGUCGUGAGUAUGUGGUAUACGCCAUCAGAGCACGCUCUGCGCAGCUGUAUCUGGUUCGCAGGCAACGGCGUUGCUGCAAUCUUCGGAGGAGUUCUCGCCUACGCCAUCGGUCACAUUGAAGACAGAUUGGGGCCGUGGCAAUGGCUCUUCAUCAUUUUCGGACUGAUCACCCUGGGAUGGUCGAUAUCCCUGUUCUUCGUCCUGCCCGACUCCCCACGUAACGCCAAGUUCCUUCAACUGAAUCAGCGCGAGCCCGCCUACCUUCGCGCGCAAGCAUCAUGGCUUGACCCGAAGACAUGGUUCUUGUUCGUCUACAAUUUCAUGGUCUCCCUGCCAAAUGGAGGCAUAACAAACUUCUCUAGCCUGUUUAUCGAGUCUUUCGGCUUUGAUACCUUCAACACUCUUUUGUACAGCAUCCCCAUGGCUGCUGUGGCUCUCGUCUUUCUGCUUGUUAGUGCGUUCACGUGCAAUUGCUUCCGUGGUCUCCGCUGCUACUGGAUGAUUAUCACUCUUCUGGUCAGCCUCAUUGGUAUUCUUCUCAUGCGGCAGCUCCCUACCGAGAAGAAAUGGGGUCGUCUUAGUCUGGUCUCAAGCAACUUUGCCGGAUUCACCAAGAAAAGUAUCGUGACAGCUAUACUUUUCAUUGGGUACUGCGUGGGAAAUAUUGCCGGCCCGCAGUUAUUCAAGACCAACGAAGCGCCAAAGUACUUGACUGCGUUCGCCGCUAUUCUGGCCUGCUUCUGCAUUGCUGUCGCGGAUGUCAUUGCUCUGCGAGUAUACACGAUGUGGGAGAAUGAGCGAAGGAAUCGCAAGCAGGGCCGGACCAUUGAGCCCGAGUCACCAGAGAUGGAGGAUGCUGUCCAGGCGUAUUCGGGCCACAACGAUUCAGGCGAUAUUACAGAUUGGCAGAACGAAAAUUAUCGGUACUGUUUGUAG